CCAUGUGGCGUUGUCACUGACUGUUGUGUCUUGCAGGUAUGGUGGUGUGGUGGCUGGCGUGGGCGUACCUCCUGGACUUGGCACAGGCGUUCUGUCCUCCCGGGUGUUCCUGUGAUGACGCCGCGCCCAGUGCCAGCUGUGUGGGUAUGAGCCUCAACGUGGUGCCCAUCCUCUUCAACCCGGGCCUAUGUCGCCUCAACCUCGCCCAUAACUCUAUCAGCUCCAUUGACGAAGCCUUCGUCUUCCUCGACAAGCUACAGGAGCUCGACCUGUCUCACAAUCUCCUCAUCUCUGUGAGAACUGGGAACUUCAAGAUGCAGUCGGGGUUGUUGGAGCUGCGCCUCGCUCACAACAACAUCACCUCCUUCACCAGCGGUGCAUUUAGGGGUCUGGUAGCCCUCAGGACACUUGACCUGAACCACAACAGCCUCCCUGACCUACCUGUAGGAGUGCUAGACGACCUGCCGCAGCUCACUGUCCUUCACCUUGCACACAAUCGCCUGCACAUACUAACACAACGAACGUUCCGAGGACUGCGAGGACUUUUACUUCUUGAUCUGUGUGACAACUACUUCCGGCACGUCCCCACGACGGCCUUUGAGGACUUGACGUCACUACAGACUCUUCAUCUUUGCCGCAAUCGCCUGACGCGCCUUGAUCCUCUCGCCUUCCCCACCGACACCCUCACCUCCCUCACGUUGGACACUAACAACAUCGAUAGUCUUGACAAAAGAGCAUUCCUGCGUCUUCAGCAGCUACAAGAACUCAGACUAGACUGCAACACACUUCACGAGGUGCCAACAGAAGCCCUGUCCCUAUUAGUCACGCUAGAUUUUCUUUCGCUAAGUAGAAAUAAGAUAAAAACUAUCGGGCCAAAUGCUUUUCGGGGCCUUGGUCGCCUCUCUACGCUAGAGAUAUCACGGAGUCCACACUUAGAGAGUGUACACCCGGAGGCCCUCGACGGGUGUAGAGGACUGCAGACUCUGACCAUCUCCCACAACCCUCUUCUAAGACACCUGCCAGCGGGCCUCCUCACCUCCCUCCACAGUCUGCGUAGCGUCGACUUACGCGCCAACGGCCUGCAGAGUUUCCCUGAAGCUGAGGUGCCGUGGAGUUCCUUAAGAAAGAUGGACCUUCGAGACAACCCGUUGGUGUGCAACUGUUCGCUUCAGUGGCUGGCUGAGCUGCUAGGGUCCUCCAACACCUCCCUGGCCGCCCCUGACCUUCAGUGUGCUGCCCCUGACAAGCUCCAGGGACUCUAUCUCUCCAGGUUGGUGCCGAGUGAGCAGCUGUGUGGUGAGCGGGUCCAGGUGUUGGUGGGCCUCGUGGUGAUCACUGCCUCCACCGUCCUCAUCCUCACCCUCUCACUCCUACUGUGCAGAUACUGGCGCCGACAACAACGGGCCAAGCUGGGCAGCGGGUGGCCUCCUGACCCUCUGGGGGCCCCUUGGCCGCCUCAGGGGCGUCCUCUUCCCAAUAGGCACAUCAUGGCUGAGGAGUACGUGUACCACACCCCGGCCUCCAUCACGAAGGUCCCCGUCACCAAAGUUUAAUUUGGUCUUCAUCAUAAGUUUUCGUGAUUUGUGGGGAAACCAGUCAACCUUAGGAGACACCAAGGCCCACGACUCCCUGUACUGACAAGAUUUACUUCUGUUAAGACCACAGCAAGAGCCAAGGCCGAAGCAAAAGGAAGGUCGUCCUCACACACACACACAUCAAACAAACUCCUUCUAUCCUGAGGACUGUCUUAGCACUGAAGAUCUACAAUGUUGUUGGUACUGACCUGAUCAACAGGUUUUCUGUAUACUGUAUAUAACUGAUGUGGAUGUGUACGACGUUGAUCACCGUCAGCUGACACACCUCCCAGUAUGUCUUAAUUAUAAACGAACUAUAAACUGUUCACAGAAGCUUCCUCGUUAACAGACUCUUGUUGGCAGAAGCACAUAAGUCUGUUAAAGUCUGUUAAUAAAUGUUAAAUAGAUAUUCAAAUUUUGUCUCCACUGCACAGUUUUACAUUAACACUCUUAACCCAUCUAUUAAGGGAAUGAAUACAACUAUAGCGAGGCGUGUGUCGUUCACCAGGUACCCGGCGAGAGGAUGAAUACCAGUUGAUCCCUUUACUGUAUACUGGAGCAACAGGUUCACCACGUCCUCAUGUAUAGCUGAGGUGCAAAGGCUUUUAUUUCCCUCUUUGACUAGUAUUAAGAAAAGCUAACAAUAGAUUAAGAGAGAAGUUGUACGACUAAUUUUUACCUUCAGAUUAUCGCUUUGCCGUUGAGAAUACCGCUACCUGCAGUGUAACUCACCACAGACCCGUGUUCCAUGUAGAAAUAUACAAGCACAUAAAAGACGAUGACAAA